UGGGGGCAACCCUAGAGGUGGGGCCAAACCCCCCACCCCUCUCCCAGAGGAGCAGAAGCACUGAGCUGCUGCGACUAGACGCAGAACAGGGAUCCUGGAACCGAACUAGCAACAGGUGAUCCGGGAGAGGCCGUAAGCGGAGCCCGUGCCCUGUGAGUUCCCGAAGGCACUCGCCCUCCGCCGGGGAGCCUGCAGGAUGGCAGCCAAUGGCACAGUGGGGCCCGAGUCGCAGGAGAUGCAGCGCCGCGUGGAUCAGAUCACAGAUGAGUCGCUGGAGAGCACCCGUCGAAUGCUGCAUAUGGUGGAAGAGAGCAAAGACGCUGGGAUCCAGAUCUUGGUGAUGCUGGAUGAACAGGGAGAACAGCUGGACCGGAUUGACGAGGGGCUGGACCAGAUCAACCAGGACAUGAAGGAGGCGGAGAAGAACCUGACAGACAUGGCCAAGUGCUGCGGCAUCUGCGUCUGCCCCUGUGCCAAGCUGAAGAACAUCAAGGCCAGUGAGGCAUACAAGGCGGUCUGGGGCAACACCCAGGACGGGGUGGUCUCCACGCAGCCCUCGCGGGUGGCAGACGAAAGGGAGCAGAUGGUCAUGAGCGGCGACUACAUCCACAGAAUAACGAAUGACGCGCGGGAGGACGAGAUGGAGGAGAACCUGGUGCAGGUGGGAAGCAUCCUGGGCAACUUGAAGAGCAUGGCGCUGGACGUGGGCAACGAGAUUGACAUCCAGAACAAGCAGGUGGACAAGAUCAUGGAGAAGGUCACCGUGAACGAAGAUCGCAUCCAAGAAGCCAACACCCGGGCCAAGAAGAUUCUAAAAAAUGCCUGAGACGCCGCGCCACGUGCUCUCCCGCUUCGCUGCCCCCCCUCCCCGGCUCCCGGUCGCAGCUGUCCGUCCGUCCGUCCGUCCCUGCUGUCCAACCUGCCCUGGAGUCUCUGGCGCCGUGCGUUAGGUGGAGCCGCGGAUGUUCGGGGGCGGGCGUAGGGUGUGCGCACUGCCAUUGCACUUAGCGGAUAACAGCCUUACUAUUGCAGCCAGCUAGGGGAGCUCCUCCUGUAGCUCCAGUGGGAGAGGGCUGUCCCUGGGUGCUGAAGGUGGUAGGCUCAGUGGCAGCUGGGGGGACGGAGUAUGCUACAGACACGGUGGCUCCAUGUGUUGUGGGGGGAAGGGAUCUUUAUAUCCUCUUGGGGGUACACAUGUGACCCCCCCCACCCACUGUAGGAAAGGCAGACCCCUGUGCAUCAUGCCCCAAUGCAGUGACUCAGAAGGAGGAAGCGGCCCUGAACUUUCUCCCAGUCGGGGGGAAUUUUUGGAGCGCGGCGUGUGGAUAUUUGGUUCUAUUUUCAAACGGCCACAGCCCUGCCUCCCAUGGGACCCUAAUCUCCCCCACCCCUCCUCUUGUGAUUGGGUCCUCAUGCCCCGCACCCGCUCUUGCCACCCAUGCCCCUACCCUGGAGGCUCCUCCCCCUGCCUGAGAUGGGUUUUCCCAGGGGCAGACAAUGAGUGCUGGGGGAGGGCCAGUCAGCUGUGGGAUUGGGCAGGACUCUGCCAUCUGGAGAGAAAUGGGGGUAGGGGAGGGGGUGAGAGGGAGACAGGGAUUUUCUUGUGUGUUAUCCCAGCCAACUUUGGGUUCUGAGCAGCCUAUGAUUUUAUGAACCAUGUUAACCUGUGGAACUCCAUGCCACAAGAUAUUAAUAAUCCCUAGAUCUCAAAGCACUUUACAAAGGGGCGUGGUGGUGUCAGUAGCACUAUCUCCAUUUUACAGAUGGGGAAACUGAGGCACAGAGAAGGGAAGCGACUUGCCCAAGCUCACCCAGCAGGCCAGUGGCAGAGCUGGGAAUAGAUCCCAGGUCUCCGGAGUCCCACUCCAGUGCUCUAUCCACUAGGCCACGCUGUUCUGAAGAAAGCCCGUAUAUCAACUGACACAAAUGCUUCAGUAGCUAAAUGAAGCCAAACAGGAUUGAUGGGACAGCUGAAUCAGAGAGGGAUCAGGCUAGAGACUUGCCUGGUUCAAUUCUCCAUGCCAUCCUUCCCUGUUAACCUGUGGAACCCCCCACCACUGGAUACUUGCAAACAUUUCAUUAACUUACUGAAGAGAAACAGGAGUUAUGGGAGAGAUGAAUCAGAGAAUGGGAACUAUAGGAGAUUUCUCUGGUUCCGUUCCCUUUCCAGCCUUUCCUGGUCACUUGUGGAACUCCCCACCACAGGAUAUUCCAGAAGCAAACAUUUCAUUAACCAAUUAAAGAGAAAUAGGAGUAAUGGGAGAGAUGAAUCAGAGAAUGGGGACAUCAGAGAUUUCCCUGGUUCAGCUCCCCUUCCAUCCUUUCCUGGUAACCUGUGGAACUCCCCACCACAGGAUAUUCCCGAAGCAAACAUUUCACGAACUAAAUGAAGGGAAAUAGGACUGAUGGGACGGCUGGAUUGGGGAGGUGGGGGCGCAUGCCGAUGACUCCCUGGUUUCUAUCCCUGUGUGUGUGUGUGUGUUUGGUUUUCAAACGUAUCUGUCACUGUGACACCAAAGCCCCUGUCUGUGUGAGGGGCCCUCUUUAUUUUUAUCCAUGAUGUAAGCGAGGUGAUUUUUUUUUCCAAAGCAC